GUACCUGUAGUAGCUGUAGUAGCUGUAGUAGCUGUAGUAGCUGUAGUAGCCGUAGUAUCUGUAGUACCUGUAGUACCUGUAGUAGCUGUAGUAGCCGUAGUAGCCGUAGUAGCUGUAGUACCUGUAGUAGCUGUAGUAGCCGUAGUAGCUGUAGUAGCUGUAGUAGCUGUAGUAGCUGUAGUACCUGUAGUAGCUGUAGUAUCUGUAGUACGUGUAGUAUCUGUAGUAGCUGUAGUAGGUGUAGUAACUGUAGUAGCUGUAGUAGGUGUAGUAGCUGUAGUAGGUGUAGUAACUGUAGUAGCUGUAGUAGGUGUAGUAGCUGUAGUAGCUGUAGUAUCUGUAGUACGUGUAGUAUCUGUAGUAGCUGUAGUAGGUGUAGUAGCAGGUGACAAAUGAUCUAUUUGGUAUCGACCUUGUUCAAUCAGAAGUUUGUGAUUAUAUAAAAACGCCUUUGAAAGAACUGCAAAUAACACCUUACCUCAGAAGCUCGAAAAUACGGUAGCUCUGAGGUACCACCUCCUCAGAGCCACCGUACAUUCUUGUUGCUACUGUCCUUCUUCGAACUCCCUGAUUGUGCUUUCAGCCUUGUCCCAGGCUUUCUAGCUCUCCAACAUAUGAAAAUAUGCGUUGACCGAGGAAAGUUUCGAACACACUUCAAACUUCUGUAAAAUCCUCCAAAAACCCAUCAGGGAAAACGCUCCAAUACAGUCACAGGGGGUAGUACUUGGUGUAAGACUGCCCAAAAUGUCCCGGGCCACCGCCCACCGCUGUCAGUGCUGUAGUGGCUGUACCCUAGUAGACACAAUGAUACCUGUAGUGGCUGUAGUAGCUGUAGUACCUGUAGUAACCGUAGUAGCUGUAGUACCUGUAGUACCUGUAGUAGCCGUAGUAGGUGUAGUACCUGUAGUAGCUGUAGUAGCCGUAGUACCUGUAGUACCUGUAGUACCUGUAGUACCUGUAGUAGCUGUAGUAGCCGUAGUAGCUGUAGUAGCUGUAGUACCUGUAGUAGCUGUAGUAGCCGUAGUAGCUGUAGUAGCUGUAGUAGCCGUAGUAGCUGUAGUAGCUGUAGUAGCUGUAGUACCUGUAGUACCUGUAGUAGCUGUAGUAGCUGUAGUAGCUGUAGUAGCUGUAGUAGCCGUAGUAGCUGUAGUACCUGUAGUACCUGUAGUAGCCGUAGUAGGUGUAGUACCUGUAGUAGCUGUAGUAGCUGUAGUAGCUGUAGUAGCUGUAGUAGCCGUAGUAUCUGUAGUACCUGUAGUACCUGUAGUAGCUGUAGUAGCCGUAGUAGCCGUAGUAGCUGUAGUACCUGUAGUAGCUGUAGUAGCCGUAGUAGCUGUAGUAGCUGUAGUAGCUGUAGUAGCUGUAGUACCUGUAGUACCUGUAGUAGCUGUAGUAGCUGUAGUAGCUGUAGUAGCUGUAGUAGCCGUAGUAGCUGUAGUACCUGUAGUACCUGUAGUAGCCGUAGUAGGUGUAGUACCUGUAGUAGCUGUAGUAGCUGUAGUAGCUGUAGUAGCUGUAGUAGCUGUAGUAUCUGUAGUACCUGUAGUACCUGUAGUAGCUGUAGUAGCCGUAGUAGCCGUAGUAGCUGUAGUACCUGUAGUAGCUGUAGUAGCCGUAGUAGCUGUAGUAGCUGUAGUAGCUGUAGUAGCUGUAGUACCUGUAGUACCUGUAGUAGCUGUAGUAGCUGUAGUAACUGUAGUACCUGUAGUACCUGUAGUAGCUGUAGUAGCUGUAGUAGCCGUAGUAGCUGUAGUAGCUGUAGUACCUGUAGUACCUAUAGUAGGUGUAGUACCUGUAGUAGCUGUAGUAGCUGUAGUACCUGUAGUAGCUGUAGUAGCCGUAGUAGCUGUAGUAGCUGUAGUAGCUGUAGUAGCUGUAGUACCUGUAGUAGGUGUAGUACCUGUAGUACCUGUAGUAGCAGUAAUAGUAAUAAAUUGCUUUAUUUGCAUGACCGCAUCACUUUACAGUAUUGCAAAAGCAUGUAUAUGACAAUCAAAAUAAAAAACAAAACAGCACUAAUAACAAUCUAGAAAAAUUCGGUUACAUUACUAACAAUGAAUCACGUAUUUUCAUGCAGGAGGAGACAAACUUCAUAACUAACUUAUUUACAUGAUGUUCCUUCGAAUUCAUUAUCAGUUGUAUGCUUUCCGGAGAUGAUUUCUUGUCAAAGUCAGGUAUUAUUCGAUUGAUUUGAUUAAUAAAUGCCUGUCUCUGUACUGAGAAUUUGUUACAUUGAAAGAGGAAAUGAAUCUCAUCUUCUACCUGAUUUGAGUUACAUAAAGGACAUAAUCUAUUUUCUCUUUGCAAAUGAUCGAUUUGGUAUCGACCACGUUCAAUCAUAAGUUUGUGAUUACUUAUUUUAAAUUUAACAAAAUUCUGUCGUUCGUCAUAAUGUCUUAGCUGGUAGAGAUAAUCAGAUGUAGAAUAUUCAUCUUUAAAAGUUUUAUAAAAUUUUAGUUUUUUUGAAUUUUCGAGGCUGUGCCGCCAAAAAGAUAGAUAUUUCUCUCUCAUUUCUGUGGUAUAUCGUCUAAUUUUAUCAUUAUCUAGAGAUUCAGCAUCUAAACUGGUUAGAUUGUAUUGUUCAAGCAUGUUUAUGAAAUUGGAAAAAUAUCCGGAAUUAUUCAUAGAAUGUAGAUUCUUUGACAUAAGGAAAGACUGUUUGACUAUAGAGUCAUUAUCUUUGUUGUUGAGGUAAACAAAAUAUUUCAUAAUUUUCUGAUUUAUCGGGAUAAGCAGCGGCAGUCUAUCAAGUUCAGCUCUGCAGGCUAUGUUAGAGGCCUUAUUGUUAACCUCUAAGUAACGUUUACAGAAUUUGAGGUGGAUUUUUUCUAUUGGGUAGCUAUCCCAUUUUUUAAAAUCUUGCUUGGUGUACAUUCCCCAUACCUCGCUGUUGUAACUCAAGAUUGGGAAUACCAUGGUGUCAAAAAUUUGGGAUGCAGUAUUAGGAUUAAGUUUGUUAAGAAUUGUCCGCUUCCGAAUACUAGAAAACGCGUGAAGGGCCUUUUCUUUUAAGUGUUCGAGUGCAAGUGUAAAGUUUCCCGUUGGAGUUAAACGUGUACCUAAAUAAGUGUAUUCUUGGACAAUUUCAAUUGACUCACUGCCUAUGUUGAAUUUGAUGUCAAUAGAUUUUUUUUUGCGUUUCUGGAAUAUCAUAAUUUUUGUUUUCUUGGGAUUAAUUUUUAGCUUCCAUUUGUCACAAUACAAAGAAAGCGCAUUUAAACAGUUCUGUAAUCCAGUUUUCGAUCUUGAUAGAAUAACUAAAUCAUCUGCGUACAAAAGUGAAUUUAUUUUUUUCCCAUUUGGGAGAACAAAUGGGUCAGAUAAGGUGUUUUCGAAUAAAAGUGGUAGAUUGUUUAAAUAGAGGUUAAAUAAAAGAGGACUUAAAAUACAGCCUUGACGUACACCUCUGGAAUAUGAAAAAGGCUGUGUUUUGUUUUCACCGAUUUUGAUGGAACAUGUCGAGUUGCAAUAAAGGCUUUUCAUGAGGUUGUACAAGUUUCCUCCUAUAUUCGUUUUUAGCAGCUUAUAAAACAAUCCUUCGUGCCAAACAGAGUCAAACGCUUUGCGGAAAUCUACGAAACAAGCGUAGACUUUUUCCUUGUGAUAAUGCACAUAUUUAUCUAUUAGGGUCCUUAGAGUGAAAACAUGGUCUGCAGUGCGGUUUUCAGGCAAAAAGCCAAUUUGGGAAUUAUGUAAUAUCUUAUCUUGUAGUAGCUGUAGUAGCUGUAGUAGCUGUAGUACCUGUAGUAGCUGUAGUAGCUGUAGUACCUGUAGUAGCUGUAGUAGCCGUAGUACCUGUGGUACCUGUAGUACAUGUAGUACCUGUAGUAGCCGUAGUAGGUGUAGUACCUGUAGUAGCUGUAGUAGCUGUAGUAGCCGUAGUACCUGUAGUACCUGUAGUACCUGUAGUAGCUGUAGUAGCUGUAGUAGCUGUAGUACCUGUAGUAGCUGUAGUAGCUGUAGUAGCUGUAGUAGCUGUAGUAGCCGUAGUAGCUGUAGUAGCUGUAGUACCUGUAGUAGCUGUAGUAGCUGUAGUAGCCGUAGUAGCUGUAGUAGCUGUAGUACCUGUAUUACCUGUAGUACCUGUAGUAGGUGUAGUAGCUGUAGUACCUGUAGUAUAUACCUGUAUUACCUGUAGUACCUGUAGUAGGUGUAGUACCUGUAGUAGCUGUAGUAGCCGUAGUACCUGUAGUACCUGUAGUAGCUGUAGUAGCUGUAGUAGCCGUAGUAGCUGUAGUAUCUGUAGUACCUGUAGUAGGUGUAGUACCUGUAGUAGCUGUAGUUGCUGUAGUAGCCGUAGUAGCUGUAGUACCUGUAGUAGCCGUAGUAGCUGUAGUACCUGUAGUAGCUGUAGUAGGUGUAGUACCUGUAGUAGCUGUAGUAGCUGUAGUACCUUUAGUAGCCGUAGUAGCUGUAGUACCUGUAGUAGCUGUAGUAGGUGUAGUAGCUGUAGUAGCUGUAGUAGCCGUAGUAGCUGUAGUAGCUGUAGUACCUGUAGUAGCCGUAGUAGCUGUAGUACCUGUAGUAGCUGUAGUGCCUGUAGUACCUGUAGUAGCUGUAGUAUCUGUAGUACGUGUAGUAUCUGUAGUAGCUGUAGUAGGUGUAGUAACUGUAGUAGCUGUAGUAGGUGUAGUAGCU